AUGGCCACGUCGCCGCGGCCGCGGCGCGUCGCUGCCUCCGCGCUGCACGGCUCGCUGGUGCUCAUCGCCGAGGGCUACGGGUCCGCGCGGGAGAAGGCGGACCGGGAGAUCGCGAGCCUCGAGGCCGGCCCGUCGCCCGGCUACGUCGACGCCCUCGUGUCCAUCGUCUCCGCGCGCGGCGACGACGCCGCGGGCCCGCACGGCCCGCGCGCGGCGACGGCCGCGCGGCUGCUCGCGUCCAUCUGCCUGAAGAACGUGGCCGCGAAGCGCUGGCGGCCGCAGCGGGGCCGCGGCGAGCCCCUGGACGAGGACGAGAAGGCGCGGUGCCGCGCCUGGCUCUGCUCCGGCGAGCGGGGCGGCGCGCUCGAGGAGCAGGACCGCCGCGUCGCCGCGCAGCUCCGGCUCUGCCUCCGCAAGGUCGUCAAGGCGGACUGGCCCCGGGCCUGGCCCGAGGCGCCGCGGGGCUUCCUGGAGGCCUACGCCGCCGGCGGGCGCCUCGCGCGCGAGAGCCUCAUGAUGCUCGGCGCCGUCGUGAAAGAGCUCGCGCGCAAGGUGCUGCCCGGCGACCGGCGGGCCUUCGCCGGGGCGUCGCGGGAGCUCCUGCCGCCGCUCGCCGCCUUGCUCGAGACCGCGGCGUCGUCGCUGCUCCAGGCCGCCGCCGGCGGCCGCGAGAACGACGACGAGGCGCUCGAGGCGACGGCGGUGCUGUGCAAGACCGCGAGCCGGCUCGCGCUCGCGGCGGACCUGUCGACGGAGCACGGCGGCGCCGAGGCCUGCUACGGCGCCUUCCUGCGGCUCGACGUCCUCGCCUGCGAGGGCAACGGCACCGCGGACCCGCGGUGGCGGCGGAAGCUCCAGUGCGUCGUCGUUCCCGCGCGCGCGUUCGCGCGCGACGCGGCGGCGUUCGCGCGCUUCGCGGCGCCGUUCCUCGAGCGCGCCGUCGACGCGCUGGAGCGCACGCCCCUCCACGACCGGCUGACGGCGGCGGGCGCCGUCGCGCGGCUCGAUCUCUGCGGGACGGCCGUGGACGCGGCCGCCGACGUCGACGCGUGCGGCCGCUUCGUCGCCGCGGGCGGCCCGCGGCUCGCGCGCUGGUGCCUCGAGAGCGGCGCGCUGGCGCUGUCCGUGCACGAGCUCGCGGAGUGGGAGGACGACGCCGAGGAGCACGCGCUCCGCGCGGACGACGCGGACGACGCGCGGCCGCGGGGGCUCGACGGCGACGACGACGGCGGCUUCGACCGCGGCGACGUCGACGACGGCGGCGACGAGCCCGGGGGCACGGGCGACGGCGCGCGGAGCGUGCGCGCCGCGGCGGAGCGGCUGCUGCUGGGCCUGCUGGACGCGUCGCGGCGGAGCCCGCAGCCGUCCGGCCUCGAAGCCGCGGUCCUGGACGGCGCGGUGGGCGCGCAGGCCGCGGAGGCGCUCCUCGGCGCCGUGGACCGCGUGUCGUCGUCGCCGGACGCGUUGCGGCGCCUGGGCAAGGAGGAGCUGGCCCACUUCCGCGGCUUCUUCGCCCGGGCGGAGGCGGGGCUCCGGGCCGGCGGCGUCGCCGCGGGCGCGCUCGCGGACGCGCUGCCCGACGACGCGCCGCAGCGCGUGCGCCGGUGGAUCGGCGGCGCCCUGCCCCGCCUGCUGCGGGGCCUGCGGAACGCGGCGCUGGCGCCGCCCGUGGCGCUCCACGUCAACUUCUCGACGCGCGUCGUCCUCGCGGCCGUCCGGCGGCGGCUCUACUGGUUCGCGCGCUGCUGGGCCUUUUCGCUCUACGACGCGCCGGAGCUCAUCGCACUCGUCUGCGGCGAGGCGAGCGCCGACGCGGCGGAGGGCGACGCGGCCGUCGCGCUCGGGGCUCUGGAGACCGUCCGGUGCUUCUGCGGCUUCGCCGCGUUCUCCGCGGAGAGCGCGGCGCUGCCGGCGCUCGCCGCCGCCGUGGGCCGCGCGCGGACGUUCGCCUUGCCGGACCACGUCGAGGUGGCCCUGCACUGCGCCGAGGCCUGCGGGCGGCGCGCGCUGGGCGCCGCGUCGGCGACGCCGGCCGUCGCGGUCGCCGUCGCGGAGGCGUUCCUCGGCCACGUCGAGGCGCUCUACGCCGAGGCGACGGCGGACGUGCCCGCGCCGCCGUCGCUCCUGGGCGCGCUGGCCGACGCCGCGCGCGUCGGCGUCGUCGCGGCGCGCGCGGGCGGCGCCGUCGGCGCCGUCGUCGACCGCGCGGCGGCGCUCGUGUCGGCGCUCUGCGACGCGGCGCGCGACCCGGAGCUCUGCUGCGCGGGGCCGGGCCUGCGCCUCUGGCUGGAGCUCGUGCGCAGCUUCGACGGCCAGGCGCCGGUGCCCGCGUCGCUGAGCGCGCUCGCGCGGCUCGCGCCGGCGCUCGUCGCGCCGCCGCGCGACCUCGCGCUCGCCGUCGACGUCUGCCAGGUCGUCGAGGCCUACUGCGUCCUCGGGCCCGAGCGGCUCCCGCGGGAGAGUUUGGACGCCCUCGCGGGGCCGCUGGCGGCGCUGGCGGGCGAGGUCAACUGGCGCGCGAACCGGGACGUCGACAAGUGCCUCGAGGCGUCGCUGGCCUGGUGCCCGGCCGUCGCGCUGGCCGCGCUGGGCCGCGACGACUUCAAGGCCAUCAAGCUCCUCGCGCGGGACGCCCUCGAGGCGCGCGUGCCCGACGCCGUCAGGGCGCAGCACCUCGCGGUGCUCGCCCGCUGCCUCUGUCGCGACGCCGCGGCCGUCGCCGCCGCGCUGGGCGAGGGCCUGGCGCUGGACAUUCUGCGCGCUUUUUUGGACCGGGCGCACGUGCGCGGCGACGCGCUGAGCGUCGACGACGUCGCGCGGGCGGCGCCGGGCGACGGCGUCCGCGUCCACCGCGCGAAGAUGGGCGCGCUCGCCGCUUUGCGCCUGGCCGCGCUCGGCGACGGGCUGUUCCUAUCGCAGCUCGACGCGACGCUCACGCUCGUCAACGAGGCGCUCCGGCUCGCGGCGGCGUCGACAGAAAACCCAACGGCCGCGCCCGUGCACCUUGCGCGCGCUCCGCGCGUCUCGGGCCGCGGCGACCGCGCGGACGGCCUCGACGGCGUCGCCGAGGUCGGCACGGACGACGACGACGACGCGGCCCUCGUCUUCCCGCUGGACACGCUCUCUGCGUGGCGGGUGGGCCACGACUGGGCCCAGGUCGACCUCGCGGCCGUCGCGCGCCAGGCCCUCGCGGACGCGUCCGCGCGCGUCGGGCCCGCGGCGUUCCGCGAGGCGCUCGACGCCGUCGACGCGGCGAUUCUCGGGCAACUCGGGUUUAAGUAG